AUGCGGACUCCGUUUCAGUCGAAGCUAUUUCUCAUCUCAACAGAGAUCAGAUUGGUGAACGGUACAAGCAGCUGCUCUGGAAGAGUUGAAGUGCUCCACAACUGGCAGUGGCUGGCUGUGUGUGAUGACAGAUGGAAUCUGACCAGUGCCCAAAUUGUAUGUAGAGAGCUUGGAUGCGGUGAAGCCUUGCUGGCGCACUUUGGAACAGGAAAUGGUCCCACCUGGUUGUCUGGUGUCAGUUGUCAGGGGACAGAAGUUGCCUUCAAGGACUGUGACAUACAGUGGAGAACACAUGAUUGCAACCAUGGAGAAGUUGCCAGUGUUGUGUGCUCAGGUAAUAGCUAUACUGUGGCCUUGGAAACUGAGCUCCGCCUAGUGAAUGGCCCAAGUCGCUGCUCUGGGAGGAUUGAGGUGCUGCACAACCGCCAGUGGGGGACUGUGUGUGACGCUGGUUGGGAUUUGCAUGAUGCUCACGUUGUGUGCAGGGAACUGGGCUGUGGAAAUGCCUCCAAAGCAUUUGGUGGAGCAUGGUUUGGACAAGGAUCUGGUCCCAUCUGGCUGGAGGGUCUCAACUGUACAGGAGAAGAAGCUUUCCUGAGUGAGUGUCCCCAAAGUCCCUGGGGAGAGCACAGCUGCAACCACAGCCAGGAUGCCAGUGUGGAGUGCUCAGGGGACGCAUCUGGCGAGGGCAACAUCCGCCUGGGAGUGUCUGCCUUGGUCUUGCUUGUGUUGGUGCUGAUCAUGGCUGAGGCUGUGUACAGCUGGAGGAGAGGGCAGCUUUAA